GUUGUGUGUGAGCGUUUGUCUGUCUGUGAAUGAGGUGGAAGGGGGGGGACAGGAAGGGGCGACGGCGUGAAGAAGAGACCGAGAGGAGUGAGGAAAGGAGGACAAAGGACCCGACCGAGAGGAGGACGAGCUGGAAAGAAAGAAGGAGAAGAGGAAGAGGAGAGGAUGUCUGAGAGGGUGGCUUCGUGUGGGAGCCUGUAUGACAGCACCAACCUGCUGCUACAGUACUGCAACAACGAUGACACGGUGUCAGCCAGCAGUAACAUGGACAUGGAGGACCGGGUGUCCCACCUGGAGCAGAAGCUGCAGCUGCAGGAGGACGAGAUCCAGCUACUGAAGUCGGCUCUGGCUGACGCCCUGCGCCGACUGGGCUACUGCGAGGAGCAGAGCCUGGGACUGCAGGCAGGAGGCGGCCGUGCUGCUGGGAGGAGACCGCUGGCCACCACUGCUUCAGCACCACCUACCAAAGUGCGUCAGCUCCUGCAGGCUCUUCCCUCCAGACCGCUCAGUAACGGCUACGUCCAACAGAAACGCCUCCUCUCCUCCCCUUCCUCUCCGAAGAAGGAGGUGCUACAGUCCAUCAAGAGGAAGAGCAUGUCCACAGAGCGCCUCACGCUGGUGAGGAGAGAGAUGGGAGCGGAGAGUCGCAGUCGAACCACCUCCUCCAGCAGCUCCUCGGGGGGCAAAAGCAAAUCCAAAGAAUGUACCCUCAAUGCAGAGGACGGCUAUGUGAGGAUGUUCCUCCGAGGUCGUCCUGUCACCAUGCACAUCCCUGAUCAGCAGAGGGAGAGCUACAGCCUCGACCACAAGGUGGCGCUGCCUGACCGCAAGCUUAAGCUGCAGUGGGUGUAUGGCUACCGCGGCCGUGACUGCCGCUCCAACCUCUACCUGCUGCCCACAGGUGAGAUCGUCUACUUCAAUGCCUCGGUGGUGGUGCUGUACAACACCGAGGAACAGCAGCAGAGACACUACCUGGGCCACAACGACGAUGUCAAAUGCCUGAGUGUGCAUCCUGACAUGGUUACCAUAGCAACGGGGCAAGUGGCCGGAAACUCUAAAGAUGGAAAGCUGCUCGCUCCUCAUGUUCGUAUCUGGGACUCUGUGAGCCUCAACACGCUCCACGUGAUCGGGAUGGGCGUGUUCGACCGAGCCGUCACCUGUGUGGCUUUCUCCAAGUCGAACGGUGGCACCUUCCUCUGCGCUGUGGACGAUGCCAACGAUCACAUCCUGUCGGUCUGGAACUGGCAGAAGGAGAAACAAUUGGCUGACGUCAAGUGCUCCAACGACUCUGUACUGGCUGCUGUGUUUCAUCCCAUGGAUGCCAACCUGAUUGUCACCUGUGGAAAAUCUCACAUCAACUUCUGGACCAUGGAGGGCAACACUCUCACCAAGAGACAGGGUCUGUUUGAGAAACACGAGAAGCCAAAGUAUGUGUUGUGUGUGGCAUUUGCCGAGAAUGGAGACGCCAUCACAGGCGACUCCAGUGGAAACAUCUACGUCUGGGCUAAAGGCGGUAACCGCAUCAGCCAGCAGGUGUCAGGGGCCCACGAGGGCGGGAUUUUCUCCGUUUGUGUCCUGAAGGACGGCACCCUGGUGUCUGGAGGAGGGAAGGACCGCAAGGUGGUGCUGUGGGGCCACGACUACAGAAAACAGGCUGAGAUGGAGGUGGGUGAGUCGUUUGGUCCGGUACGGGCUCUGGCUGAAGGUAAACCCGGAGAGCUCUUCAUAGGAACCACCAAGAACGCCAUCAUCAGAGCCUCCUUCCCUGAUACUUUAACUCCUAUUGUGCAGGGUCACACAGAUGAGCUGUGGGGUUUGGACAUCCAUCCCUCCAUGGAGCAGUUCGUCACCUGCUCCCAGGACAGACAUGUUCACCUCUGGGACACCAACUCCCAUCAGCCCCUCUGGAGCAAGACCAUCGAGGAUCCAGGGAGGUCUGCCGGCUUCCAUCCCAGCGGGGCUGUUCUGGCCGUGGGGACCAUGACUGGAAGGUGGUUAGUGCUGGACACUGACACCCGGGAUCUUGUUUCUAUGCACACAGACGGCAACGAGAUCAUUUCCAACGUCAAGUACUCUCCAGACGGUAACUUCCUGGCCGUCGCUUCCCAUGACAACUUUGUUUACAUCUAUGCCGUGACGGAGGGCGGCCGAAAGUACAGCCGUGUGGGGAAAUGCACUGGCCACUCCAGCUUCGUCACCCAUCUGGACUGGUCCACCGACAGCCAGUACCUCGUCACCAACUCAGGAGACUACGAGAUCCUCUUCUGGGAGGCAUCCAGUGGUAAACACGUGACCAACAUGGACACAAUGCGCAACCUGGAGUGGGCCACUUCCACUUGUACUCUGGGAUUCAACACCUUUGGAAUUUGGCCAGAUGGAGCAGACGGCACAGACAUCAACGCCGUGUGCAGGUCACAUGACGGAUCCCUGCUGGCCUCCGCCGAUGACUUUGGCAAAGUGCACUUGUUCUCCUUCCCCUGCUCUCAACCAAGGGCUCCCAGCCAUGAGUACGGUGGCCACAGCAGUCACGUGACCAACGUUGCCUUCCUGCACGACGACAGUCACCUGAUCUCUACCGGCGGGAAAGACACGAGCAUCCUGCAGUGGGUGGUUGUCUAGGCAACGCUAUCCGUCCACAUCUCUAAUCCCCACAGUCGGGACCAGCAUCCUCUCUGACCCCUGUCACCUUCUCACUGUUCUAUCCUCCUGCCACCAGGGGGCAGUAUCUCCUCUGUGCCUACUGGAAAUGAAAAAGACACACACACACACACACACACACACACACACACAACUUGACCGACCCUCAGAUGUCACACCAGAUGAGGUGAAUGAGUAUCCUUGUGAUAAAUGGAAUAUUAUUUAGUGUCCUGCUGUUUGUAGUAGAAUGUAGAGAAAACAGGAAAUGAAUCCUAACUGUUCCUGAAACACCAGCCCAGCUGGAAGCUGCUGGUGGAGACCACACAGUAAAGCUGUGGUUUUGGCAUUAGUACUUACUGUGCCUGAACGGUGUUCAUCUCAACCCACUUUAAUGGGAUUUCCACCUAUACUUAAGGGACAAGUGUGUUUGUGAGUUUUAGCUCCUUAAUUACAAAUCAUGUAUACUUUACAGUUUAGUUGACCCUUUCUGAAUGCAUGUUUCACAAAUAUGGUAAAAGGUUAUAUUUUAGGGUUUAAUUUGGGGGAAUUUUCCUAGCAUUCUAUGCAGCUAUUGGUUUCCAUUAAAUUAAAGUAUGAAAAUCAGUUGACAGACUCUUCACUGUAAUUGAUCACUCAACUAAGAUGUCUUCUUAUAGAUUUUCAUAUCAUACUGAAUGCAUGGAAACCAAUGGCUUUUUGAAAUGAAAGACAAAACACACUCCUCUAAAGCUGCAGCUUGCUCUGCAAAAGAAAUGGUGAUCUGAUGUAAAGUGUACAUUUUUUGGAAUAACAGGGUUAAAAUUAGAAUCGUAAAUUCUGUGUUCUUGAAGCCCAAAAUCAGAAACAUUAACGUGUGACGAAUUUGUAUUCGAUGCAGUAAAACAGAAGGUAACCUCACCAAGGUGUCGAUAUUCUGAAAGUCCGUGUUCCCGCCCACUAGCUUGCAUUCUUAGGAAAGAGUGAUGAAUGUUUGGGAGAAUUAAUGUGGCAUGUGGAGAGAUUGUACUAACAUAUCUAAAAUGGGUGGUAUUACCCUUUAACGCAACUGUAACCCCAUUGCCUUGUUAUCUGUUUCGUCCCUUUAGUUCUUCAUUUUGAUUGUUGUUGGAGAUUGUAAAAGGUACAAAGUGGCUGUUCGCCCCCUCCCCUCUGGGCUAGUGUGUUUCUGAUUGUACUACUACUACUACUACUACUACUACUGAAUAGGCACUAGAUGGCGCUACAGCGCAAGAGAAUGAGCAUGGCUGAGGCAGCCCUCCUCCUGUAGAUGCUGUUAAUGUCGCAAAGGUCUAUAAAGUAAAUAUAUGUAUUAUGCAGUAUAUCCGAGUGGCUGUGUUAAUUUAAUAUUUAACUGUAACAACGAUGGAUGUUAUAUUAUUCUUGUGGCACUUUUAGUGAUUGACAGAAGGGUAACGUAGGCUGCUGUGCUGUGGAAGUGAGCUUGAGCUGUGCUUCGCCUUCUGUUUUAUUAAUAAAGUUUUUACCCAAGUA